UGUAAAGCAAAUGAAUUUAAAACAAAUAAUUUUUGAAAAAAAAAAUCAUAGAGAGUGUGUAUGAUCUUGACUGGUUGAAACCUUCUAGCUUUCCAUCUCUUCUCUUAGGUUUCGAAAAUCCCUUUCAUACAACUCUGAAUUCGGUACCCUGACAAUCCUAGGAAUGCAUACAUGUGUUGAGGGAAGUAAGCGUCAGUUACCAUCAUGGAUGAUGCAGAAGGUUGGUGCCACUGCCAUCCAUGUGAGUGACUCUGACAAUGCUGUUGAAUCUAAUUGCUCUAUGAAAAAAGUAGACGACAUUGCAGCUUAUGCAACCGAGAAUGAUCCUAAGAGCAGACCUUCCAGGAGGAAAUCAAACUUAAGAGCUAAGUGUGAUGAUGGAAGCUUCAGUAAGGCUACUCAAAAGAAGAAAAAAAGUGCUAAACCUAUUGAUAGAGAUCAGAGAUCUUCUACAAAGAAAAGAAAAAAAUUAGAGGAUCCGAGCCAUGGUUGUGAUGAUAUUUAUCAAGUUCAAGCAUCUAGUGACGAUGCUGUGGACCUGACGGUUGAAGAUUUGUUGGUGAUAGCAGAACAGUGUGUCAACGAGUAUGAGAACAAGGAUCGAAAAGAAAUAUCAAGUAGACAGAGUGAAUCAAAAUGGGAAUUUCAAGUUACACAUGAAACAGGAACCACUCUUGAUUCCCCUUGUGAGAAAAGAAAUCCAUUCUACACUAGAAAGGAUGUUUUAUCUAAUUCUGCAUCACAAACUGGUGAAGUAAUUGAUACGAGCACCUCUCGAAUAGGUGAUCCUGCCCAAGACAUGCUGAACCUGUUCUUGGGGCCCUUGCUAAGUAAAACUCUUGAGAAGGAGAAGAGCAAACAUAUUGUUGAAAAUGCCAAAAUUACCCAUGAGUUCACUAGGCAAAGUCAAGAUGAACUUCGUGGAGAAGAAAGAGUCCCCUUAAUGAAGAAAAGAUACACCUUGAAAGAUAAGAGACAGCCAGAGUUAGAAACAAAUUAACGUGCAGUGUUUGUGGGGAUGAAAAUCUGAAAUCAUGCAUGCCACAACCAGAACCUUCAUUCCAGACAAAUAUUGCUCAGAACCAUCAGCUCUUGUCUCACCAUCAAUUUUACAAGCCAACCUGUCAAGAUAUGGAAUAACCCGACAACUUCUUUUUUUCCCUUUAAAUUACUUAUUACUAUUCUUCUUCUCAUAUUUUUAAAAUAUUACCAUUACAUAAACAUAAACUCUCCUAUUUUCUACUCAACACUUACCCAUCAAUAAUAAAAUAAUACUUUUAUUUUAAAAUGAAUAAAAAAUUAAUUUUUUUAUUACAUAUAUUACAAAGGUGUAGAAAUAUUCAACCAUGUAUAAAUAAAUUCGUCUGAUACUUCUGUUAUUCAGAAAUACUUGCUUUACACUAUGUAUACUUCUUUAAGGGAGUUAUUGUUUAGGUAAUAAUAUUAAGGGACGCUGUGUGAAGUUAAAACAAAUUGAUUUAUGUAUUGAUAUUAUUAAAUAUUUGUUUUUUUUAUGUAAAAGUUUAUAUUUUUUACUCCUUAUUACGAGUUGAAAUAUAUUAU